AUGUUUCUAGCUCGACAGAACCUUCCUGUCCGUGGUCAUUGGGAGGAUAUGUUAACAAUAAACAAAGGCAAUUUCCUGGAACUGGUGGAGUUACUAUCAAACUAUGAUCCUGUUUUGAAAGAACAUCUUUUGGAGGUUAAGCAUGCUAUUCCAUCUCAGACAUCUGGAAGGAGAGUGAGCUCUUAUUUGUCACCAAAUAUUCAGAAUGAAUUCAUCUGUCUUCUAGGAAAUAAUGUUAAGGAAAAAAUUUUGGCUGACAUCAAGAAGGCCAAGUAUUUUGGAAUUCUUUUUGACAGUACACCUGAUAUGUCUCAUACAGAUCAGAUGUCCGAAGUGAUUAGAUAUGUUCAUAUUGAAGGUGAUUCUGUUGAAGUAAGGGAAUCUUUCUUGGGUUUCUUUCCUAUUGCUGGAAAAACUGCAAAUGAGCUCACAAAGGAUAUCCUGAGUAAUUUGGAGAGUGAUGGACUGGACAUUAACUUUUGCUGCAGUCAAGGAUAUGAUAAUGCUGCAACUAUGGCUGAAGGAAUUAGUCUUGAAAAUUGCACUGUAAAGCUCAAUGGUUUGAAAUUGUUUCUUCGAAGUCAGCGAAAUGAAAUUGUGGAGAGAGCGAUUCAAUAUGCAACUACACAAUGUGAAGAAAUGGGCAUCUCCAUGGAAACAAGAGGGAGAAUAAGACGUAAGAAAAUGAUGCCAGGAGAGAUGGCUAGGGAUGCUGGACUGACAAUGCAAGAGGAAAUUAGGAGAUCAAUGUUUGAAUGCUUAGAUCGAUUCAGUCUAGAAUUGGAUGCUCGUUCAGAGGCCAUGCAUAACAUCUUGUCAAUAUUUGAAGCUAUUCAGCCAAGCUACAUGCUUUCUGCAAAAGAAGAACAACAACUUCAGGGGAAUAUUUCAAAUUCAAGCAUGACCAAGAUUUUUAAUGAAAUUUCUGAUGAGGAUGUCAUGGUAGAAAUUAUGCAACUUUGCAGACACAUGGAGGCUGCCAAAAUCACACCUGAAGAAGCAAAUAAAUGGAUAGUCUUGCAGUUCCUGAAGUUUAUUGUCAAAUGGGACUUUUGUGAAACCUUGCCAAACUUGUCAUUGUGCCUGAGAUUCUUUUUAACAAUAUGUGUGUCUGUUGCAUCAUGUGAAAGAAGUUUCUCUAUACUGAAACUCAUCAAGAAUUAUCUUCGUUCUAGCAUGACUCGGGCAAGAUUGAACAGCCUAGCUAUGAUUUCUAUCGAAAAUGAAUGUGCCAAGACAGUUAAUUUUGAUGAAAUAAUUGGACAAUCUAGUGCUAUUGGUCAGGUUUCUGAUAAAAGUGAGUUGAAGAAGGCUGUGCCCUUCUCAUUGUGUAAUACUUUACAGUCAUGCGCCGGUUAA